CAACGCUGUUCCGGCGUCAAAACUUCACCUCUCACCGGCGCACUUAUACCCGAUCGCUUCGCACACGCACACCAAACCCGCACAGAUCGCGUCGUUUCUGUCGUCGUCUACUCCACCGAUAUCUGCACAGUACACGCACGACUGCAGCCGCACCGAGAAGAACGUGACGACGAUCGCUGACCACCGGUGGUGACAUAUAUUUAUAUAUAUACAUACAGACAGACAGACAACUCCGUGACCAUAACCAUGGUCGGCACAAGACACUUGGUGUUUUUGGCCGUGUACGCCCUAUACGCGCAAUCGUCAGCCGCCUAUCCAGUCUACCAAGAAGACGACCACUACGACGGACAUGACCACGGACACCACCACGGUAUACCACCGGCCACGUCGUACGCUACCAUAUCGACGACGCACGUCAAAGUGCAACACCCACAGGCGGCGCCCACGAAGUACGCGACACCAUACAAACAUGAGUAUCUGACGCAACCGCAGAUGGCAUACAAGUACAUAUCACUGCCGUCGGCCGUUGCUCUGCAACAGUCGGGCAAAUUCGAAGAGCCGUCCACGUCGGGUUACAAGUACCUGGCCGCGUCACCCACGUAUAAGUACGUACAACCACCGGCGGUGACCACCGAACCAGAGGCCGCGGAGGAGCCAACCAACUCCUUGAAGUACGCGCUCAAAUACGAACAGAAUUCGUUCAAGCAGGAACAGGAACAGCAGCAACAGUUGCAGCAGCAAUUCCAGCAGCAAGAGUACGAACAGCCGGCUGUACAGUACAAGUACAUAGCCGUGCCGUCGUACAAGUACGUGCAACAAGUGCCCGCAGAACCAGAAUACGGUCAGCACCACCAGCAGCAGCAGCAACAGGCUGCUGUUUCGUACGACUACACCGAUGACAAGCAAUAAUAAACUAUAAUAUAGUAUAGGACAUAGGUAAUUACAGCGGCGAUUAUCAUUUAAGGUCCCAAUGCCUUAGGCAACGGUGUAUUGAACUUAAAAAUUGGCAGAGGUGACCGUUUUUUAUUACUAAUGUUACCACUUGAAAUCGCUAAACAUAUUAGCUUUAAGUAUCAGCUGCAGUUUGUACUUUUACGAGCCUCAGCAUCCGGCAAUACAAGAUAAUAAUAUGACACUCCCUUAAAAAACACUUUAGUGUUAGUCACCUCUCAAAUACCUCCUUCGUAACGCUGUUGCCCAAACUCGCCUGCAAUAUAACCACGUUGCUCGCCAUUUUAGCCCACCACUUCGAUCUACACUCUUACUCUUACAUUUAACUUUUGUGAGUGAUAAUUUGAAAAAAAUAUAUAAUCUUACGUUUGACGUUUAAUAGUAUGCGUUACGUUUUACGUUUGUUGCUUAACCGCACAGGGACUAUCUAUAUUUCUCCAUCUUUCUCUCUGUGUUGUCCAUUAAAUUACGCCAAUGAUUAUAAUAAUAUGUUAGGUAUAUAUGGUUAUAUUAUUGUUAUUUUUUUACCAUGUUUACCAUUUUUGCCAUGUUUGCCGUGUUGUACACGUCUCUCUGAAACAAAUGUAGAGGUUUAAUCGCUUCUUAUAUUAUAUAAUACAAAUACGAUUACUUAUUUUUGUACUUUAAUUAGGUAUAAUAUAAUUAUUUUUUAAUAUAUAUAUAUAAAUAUAUUAUAUUUGCAUAUGUUUAUAAUAUAAUAUACGCAGUACUUCCGUUUAUA